AUGGUACAAGCGAAAACGUCACCGGAUCCGUCACCUACUUCUUCAUCGUCAUCUCGUACUCGACCUAUCUCUGUUCCUCUAUCAAGUCCUCCUCUAGCCCCAGAAGAAUUGGAAGAUAAUAGUUUUUAUAUUUACCUUCGAUCCCAUUUUAACACUAUUUUCACUCGGUCAAUCGUUGUCUGUAUACCCCAUUCAAGAUCCUUGGAAGGUCUUGUAUUGACAAAAGAUUUUAUUGAAACACACUGUUACAAUUCUUCCCCGUAUUAUCGAGGUCAAUAUCAAGCUGCCAAUGGAAAGGUUAUCUCUAUUGAACAACCUUUGAUAUCAAGUGUAUCCGGUUUCAAGGAACAAAGAACAGUGCAUAUUAUGUCAGAAGAAUGGGUUUAUAUUGGAAACAAAAAAAUCCGUGUAUAUAUGAUUCAACGUCCUCUUGAAGGUGAAGCUUCUCAACUUCAAAAAAGUCGAAAUACAAUCAACAUCCCCAUUUGUCGCAACUCGAAAAGUGAUUUUGACUUUUUGAAUAUGUUUGCUGAAAAUGUGGAGCCUUUACUUGAAUUACAAUCAGCGGUUCAAGAAUUCGUGGAUACCUAUGUUUAUAUUCGUGGUUUUAACAACUAUACUGUGGAGAAGAUUCAACACAUUUACACCAAAGCUUACAAGACUAUCUUACAACGAAACAAGCUGCUGCGUGACGCAUGUCGGAUUCAAGCUGAACACGACCAUUUUCUGGAACUGGUUGAAAACGUAAUCAUGGGCUUCCUUCAUGAAAAAAUUUGGAUUCAAUCGUUACGAUCAGUACUUCAGUCACAAGAUGCCUACCUUUACUCUAUCUGCGAAUGCUAUUCAAAAGAUAAUAUCACGCUACAACGUUAUACAGUCAGUUAUCCUAUUUCAGAAAUGCCUCUCUCAUGCUUUGAUCAAGCCAUUGCCUGCUUACGACAAACAGAUGCCGACAACGAUGUAUCACUUUCCUCUAACUGCAACGUAGACAAUAACACCAUUGUAACAACAUCUUUAGCUUUUACACCACUAGAAAAGAUUGUUUGUGUGAAAUCAACUUUGGAUUUGAUCACAAAAGCUGUGGAUGACUACGCAAAUGAAUUGAAAAAUGGAUCGAGCAACUCUGGUAAUAAUUUGAACAACGUUAUAGUCAUCCAUCAUAUUGACUUUUUUUUUUAUCUUUUAGAAUCUUCUGUCACCACAGAUGAAAUGAUCCCUUUACUUGCCUAUGUUAUCACCCAUGCCCGUAUUUCUCGUAUUGCAAGCUUAGCCUUUUAUAUGGAACAUUUUCGAUUAUCUCAUAUGGAACGAUCUGAACACGGGUAA